UUUCCAAAUAUUAUGAAUAUGAAUUCUCAAGCACUUAACGUUCUAAAGAUUGAAAAUCAAAGUGACCCUUUCGAUUGGUUGUUUUCAGAAGAAUACUCUUCCUCUCUUGGGACAUGGCAACAAGAUUCAAGAUUAUUGUCCAAUGGAAGCCUCUUCAACUUUGACUUUGAUUCCUUUCAAUUUCCCAUUGAUUUUCAAAACAAUCACUUGCCGAUUUUUGGGUUUGGAGAGUUUGAAGAAAUGUGCGAAGAUGUCGACUUGAAAUUACUACAAUCUCCAACUCAUGUAGACAACAAUAAUAUCCCAAUUGAUGUCAAUGCGAAGGUCAUGCCUCUGAACGUGACACAUGACACUUUAGGUGAAUAUCAGGUUACUAAUCGAUCCUUUUAUGAACUUAAUGGUGGUCCGAAGGAGUUUAUUAGGAAGCAAAGUAAUCGUACUGGGAGGCAUAAGAAGAGCGAUAUGUUGGAAUUGGAUGAGAUCCAAAGGUAUUUUCAUUUACCAAUAACAGAAGCAGCCAAGAAAUUACGAGUUGGUUUGACAGUACUGAAGAAAAGAUGUAGGGAACUAAAUGUAAUGCGAUGGCCACAUCGCAAAAUUAAGAGCUUGCAGACUCUCAUUCGUAGCGUUAAGGAAAUGGGACUUACAAGUGAAGUGGAGAUGCUGGAAGAGCACCAAAGAAUGGUAGAACAAGUGCCUGAAAUGGAAUUAACUGAAAGAACAAAGAAGCUAAGACAAGCAUGCUUCAAGGCUAAUUACAAGAAAAGAAGGGCAUCUAUGAUGCCAGCUUUCUUUUAAUUUUAUUUCUCUUAUUUACCUUUAGAUCAUAUAUAGGUAUCUUUAAUUAUAAUUAGUAUAGUCUAGUGUAUGAUCAAUGUCAGUAUAUCUAGCCAUGUGCCUUUGGUUUUUAUGUUACAUCUCCACCCCCUUUCUUAUCUUUGUUGACAUAUUGUACUUUUGCUAGCCUGCAAUUGCAAUGUUGCUCCUUUUUAAAUUUGAUUGUGUAA